AUUCGCCAAACGCAAACAAUGCCUCAGCUUUCACCAAAUGAAAGUCGCCAAAAUCCUCCUAUGAUCUUCUUAAAAUCUAUUACAAUUCAGCUUCUAAGAUUCUACACAUUUUAGCCUAUAAUAUAUCUCAUCUCUCCACUCUAAAUCCCAACAUUAUAAUGAUAAGGUUUUGCGUUUUCGUUGCUUUCUUGUUGUUCCUAGUUGCUUCUCCCGUUUCAGCCGGUUUCUACCCCAACGCCUCCUCUAUUCCGCCGGAUCUCCAUCACCCCACUGACAGCGCAUGGAACGCCUUCUUGAACUUAACCGGCUGCCAUGCUGGCAUGAAAGUCAAUGGCCUUUACAAAAUUAAACAAUACUUCCAACACUUUGGUUACAUCCCCCAAACUCUCUCCGGAAAAUUCACCGACGACUUCGACGAUCUCCUCAAGAACGCCGUCGAGAUGUACCAAAGAAACUUCAAGCUAAACAUCACCGGAGAACUCGACGAGCUCACUCUUAACCACGUCGUGAUCCCACGCUGCGGCGUUCCCGACGUCGUCAACGGCACCUCAACUAUGCUUAACGGUGGAAGAAGAAGGACCUACGAGGUCUCUUUCUCAGGGAGGAGUCAACGUUUCCACGCGGUCAAACGCUACUCUUUCUUCCCCGGAGCGCCUCGGUGGCCAGAGCGCCGGAGAAACUUAACAUACGCGUUCGAGCCGCGAAACGCGUUGGCCGAGGAGGUCAAGAACGUGUUCUCACGCGCGUUCGUUCGCUGGGCGGAGGUGAUCCCGCUGACCUUCAGGCGCGUUGAGAGUUUCGAAACCUCCGACAUCAGCAUUGGAUUCUACACCGGCAAUCACGGCGAUGGUGAACCGUUCGACGGCUUUAUGGGAACGUUGGCGCAUGCGUUCUCGCCGCCGAACGGUCAUUUACACCUCGACAGCGACGAGGAUUGGAUAGUCUCCGGUGAAGGUGGCGACGGUGUUCUCUCGGAGAGGGCGGCUGUUGAUCUUGAGUCGGUGGCUGUUCAUGAGAUAGGACAUCUUCUUGGGUUAGGACAUUCCUCGGUUCAAGACUCUAUUAUGUAUCCGACCCUCACGACAGGGAGGCGUAAGGUUGACUUGCAUAGCGAUGACGUGGAAGGAGUUCAGUAUUUGUAUGGUUCGAAUCCUAACUUCAACGGUUCUAGAACUCCCACACCGUCCACUUACCAACGAGAUACUGGCGACUUCGGUGCUGCUGGGAGGAUCUAUGGUUCUAGUUUUGUUUUGACUUGUUUAUUGAUGUCGACCGUUGGAUUGUUGUUGUUGUAUUGACUGUAGAUAAUUAGGUCAUCAGUUUACAGAUUGUGUGAUACGGUUUGUUAUUUGGUUUCUUUUCAUUGUGUAUCUUCUACUAUUUAG